AUGCUAAUUACGAUCUACGUUGAUGAUCUGUUAAUGGCAUCAAAUGAUGAGCAGUUGUUGAAGCAAGUGAAGCGGUCCUUAGCUGAGAAUUUCGAAAUGAAAGACAUUGGUCCUAUUAAAACUUGUUUAGGAAUAGAAUUCCAUCAGGAUUUAAAAACAAAUAGCGUAUUUCUAGGGCAACGUAAAUAUGCCGAGGAGAUUUUGAUACGAUUCGGUAUGGAGCAGUGCAAGCCCAUACAAACUCCAAUGGAACUAAAUUGCAGGUUGGAAAAACCAGCUAGCGCAAACGAAAGCGAAAUGAAAGUCUAUCCAUAUCAAAACUUAUUAGGCGCUCUGAUGUAUUUAUCUGUUACAACGCGUCCUGACAUUGCAUUUACGGUGAGUUUUUUAAGCCAGUUUAAUUCUAAUUACAGCCUACAGCACUGGAAAGCUGCUAAACGGGUGCUAAGAUAUGUGAAAGGCACCAUCAACUACGGCCUUCUAUACAAGAAAAGUGAUUCCGAGCUAUAUGGUGUUGCUGAUGCCGAUUGGGGAGCUAAUUUAGCUGAUAGGCGUUCUUAUUCAGGUUUUGCUUUCAUUCUCGCUGGCGGAUCUAUAUCAUGGGAGGCGCGAAAGCAACGUAUAGUGUCACUUUCUACCACAGAAUCGGAAUACAUGGCGUUAUGUGAAACAACCAAAGAGGCACUUUAUUUGCGCGAAAUUUUAAAUGAAAUUGGAUAG